GAAAUAUGAAAUAUAAUCAAGAUAAACCUUGUCAGAUAUAAAGGGUGGUCUUGCCAGUGUAGCUUCAGUGACAUGGUCAUUCUUAGUUAGAUCAAGUUGGAUCUCUUCCGAAAAUAUUGAAACAACUACCAAACUAACAUCAAUUUGUUUUACAACACCUUAUGGUUUUAUGACUUGAUAUCGGUUUCACUGCAUCGUAAGCGGAUCUGACGGAUAACUCGGCAAUGGGUAGACUGUUUGGAAUUCUGAUUUUGACUUCAUUGCUUGUAUCACUUAAUGGACAGGUGUUGUUCGAUGAUAUGGGAGACAGACAGAGGUCAGCAGAUUUGGCGUUACAAUGCAUGAGAACGGAGCUUCAGCAAUUUAGUCAAGGUAUAGAAAGGAUGGUGAUGAAAAAACUUGAGGGUAUCGAAAACAUCAUCGAGGAAAAGUUGUCUAAUUUUCAGAUCGAGCAGCGACUCUUGAGGCAGGAAAUGGUGUCUCUCGUGACCAGAGUUGAUACUCUGUUGAACAAUAGCGAGACCAAUAAUUUGAUAAAAAGCGAGAACGUUCUUGACGACAUAAGAAAUGCUAGUUUGUAUGUGGUCGAACAGCUUUCUUCAGGGGAAGCUAUACAUAUGCUUAGAAAUGUGGAAAGGUUAAGCCAAUUUCUUUCAAAGACAUAUUACAUAGCCGGUUCUGAUUGUGCGGACAUUUUGGAAAAAUAUCCGAACACCAGAUGGAAGAACGGCGUGUAUAAUGUUACAGCUUCAUCAGAUAGAUCAAAGGCCGUAUUCUGUGAUAUGACCACUGACAACGGAGGAUGGACAGUGAUUCAGCGGAGAGUUAAUGGUUUGGUGAACUUUUACCGUAACUGGACGGAAUACAAGAACGGAUUUGGAUAUGCUUAUAACGAGUAUUGGAUAGGAAAUGACAUGCUACAUAAAUUGACAUCAAUGAACCCCCAAGAACUGCGAGUAGAUAUGGAGAGAUUUAAUGGAGAGAAAGCCUAUGCUAUAUACUCUAACUUUUCUGUCGGGGACGAGGCCAGUAAAUAUCAGCUACAGGUGACUGGAUACAGUGGGAAUGCAGGGGAUAGCCUGUCAUACAGCAACAACAUGAAGUUCUCUACACUGGACCAGGAUAAUGACGGGUACAGCAGCAGUAACUGUGCCACCGAGUGGAGAUCGGCAGGGUGGUUCUACAGAUGUUACUGGGCUAACCCUAAUGGACAGUACGCCGACUCUGAGAAAACUGGUUCUGGAUACAUUUCAUGGUAUGACUGGAAAAACUCGAUGAUAUCUCUGAAAUCAAUACAGCUGAUGAUCCGUCCUCGGGCCUGACACCGAGAUGUAACUUUAUCCUCAUUAUGUUGCCAAAUGUAGCAGUUUUCUCUCUCUGUGUAUUUACUUUAUUUACCAGCAUGUUUUUGUUUGUCAAUUGACUGUCAGAUACUUUUGCACCACAUGUAAAUAUUUAAACUACUGCUUAUUAUUUAUACAUAAUUAUAUGUAUUUUAAAUUAAUUGUAUUUUGCUUUGAUUUAUAAUUAUCAUGAUGUAAAAGAAAUGUUUGAAUCAUUUCGUUUAGUUUGUAUAUAUUAUUGAACAUUACGAUGACACUUCUAAUAUUGAAUGUUACCGGAUUUUUUUUUUUUGCAAAAUUACGAACAAAUUUAGCACUAAUCAGAGUAUUUAUAUUCAUUUGAAAUUAGAGAUCACUUUUGUACAAACAAUUGCAAAUAAAAUAGACAGUUUUCCAUAUUUAGGUUGAAUCUGAUAAUACAUAUUCGACAAUCCCCUUCAUAUUUUUUUUAAUUUAGGUUCAAUGUCUUUAACCGUAAUUUGCUUCUUCGUGUAUUCUGGCAUAAAUCUUUGUCCAGUAAUAAACUGUUUGUUAAUAUUA